GGAGGUCGCCCGGCGCGUCACUCUCGGGUCGGCGAGCCACGGGGGCCGCCGCAGCACCAUGGCGACCACCGUCAGCACUCAGCGCGGGCCGGUGUACAUCGGCGAGCUCCCGCAGGACUUCCUCCGCAUCACGCCCACACAACAGCAGCGGCAGGUCCAGCUGGACGCACAGGCGGCCCAGCAGCUGCAGUACGGAGGCACCGUGGGCACCGUGGGCCGACUGAACAUCACUGUGGUUCAGGCAAAGUUGGCCAAGAAUUACGGCAUGACCCGCAUGGACCCCUACUGCCGACUGCGCCUGGGCUAUGCGGUGUAUGAGACGCCCACGGCACACAAUGGCGCCAAGAAUCCCCGCUGGAAUAAGGUCAUCCACUGCACGGUGCCCCCAGGCGUGGACUCGUUCUAUCUCGAAAUCUUCGAUGAGAGAGCCUUCUCCAUGGACGACCGCAUCGCGUGGACCCACAUCACCAUCCCCGAGUCCCUGAGGCAAGGCAAGGUGGAGGACAAGUGGUACAGCCUGAGCGGGAGGCAGGGGGACGACAAGGAGGGCAUGAUCAACCUCGUCAUGUCCUACGCGCUGCUGCCAGCUGCCAUGGUGAUGCCACCCCAGCCUGUGGUCCUGAUGCCGACGGUGUACCAGCAGGGCGUCGGCUACGUGCCCAUCACAGGGAUGCCCGCCGUCUGCAGCCCCGGCAUGGUGCCCGUGGCCCUGCCCCCGGCCGCCGUGAACGCCCAGCCCCGCUGUAGCGAGGAGGACCUGAAAGCCAUCCAGGACAUGUUCCCCAACAUGGACCAGGAGGUGAUCCGCUCGGUGCUGGAAGCCCAGCGAGGGAACAAGGACGCCGCCAUCAACUCCCUGCUGCAGAUGGGGGAGGAGCCGUAGAGCCCCCGCCUCGCUGCCGUGUCACCCCAGCUCUUCGGACACGCCGACCGGGCGCUCCCCAAGGAAUGCUGUCCCAACAAGAUCCCCGUGACACGGCCCCUGUCGCCCCUCCCAUGGACGUCUGGGCUGCCCCGCCCACGCCCGCUCUGGGUGCAUGGGGGUUUUCGGUUCCUGGCGGCCCAGGACGGGGCGGGGGCUCCCUUCGCCUCUUGUGCUGGGAGGUCUCGGCGCAUUCUCCUGCCCCCAGGACGUGCGUCUCCCCUUCUCAUGCUGUUCUGGAAAAUGUUCUUGCUGUAGAGAGCAGCUGCUUCUGCCAGGGUGUUGGAGGUGGUGGAGCGCCUUCUGAUUCCAUUCAUGGCAUUUUGUGAUGUGACGUAAUUGGAAUAGAGCUGUUGAUUAAGGCACACACAAUCCCUCACACUGAUUUGUGGGUUUUUUUAGAACUUCCCAGCCGAAAACUCACGUCCUUGCCCUAAUGCGCUUUGCUGUGAGCCUGGCCCCUGCCCAGGGCUUGGGUCUGGUGAGCCAAGCCGCUUCCUGUGGAUGGCGUGGGGCCGGCCUCUGGCCUGGCUCACCUGGCCACUGUCCAGCCAGCCUUGUGACAGACUCCAGCCUGAAGGCAGGAUGAACCCACACCUGGCAUGAGGAGGGGAGCCUGGCACGGUUGGCCGGGCUCUGCCUGAUUGCCAGCCAGCGGGCAUCUGAAGCCGGGUCCUUCACCCGCAGGAGGUUGCCGUCCGUCUGUCCUGCUGCUCACGCCAGCUCCGUGGUGUCCCCCCACGGGGCUUCUCUUCUCAACAGGCCUUGCAAGGCUGGGGUGGGAGGUGAUAGAGGCGGCACGUGCAUGAUUCUGAGAGGGUGUUGCAGCACUGCCAGCCGACUGCUGACGACAGCUUGGGCAGCUGCUGUGCCCGGGACCUAGGUUCAGUGUGGCUCGGGAAGCCUGGCGAAUGUGGCCGCGUAAAAGCUUUCUGAGGCAGGAGGCUUGCCUCACCUCUGCCUGCCUGGGCACCGCGUGUAGCAUCUUGGUUUGCAGGACAGAUUUUAGGUGACACCUGGUUAUGAAAGUCAGGAAUUUGAGAAACUUCUCACAAGUGAUGCACUUUACGUAAUCCGCAUGCCAUCGAGACGCUUGUGUGCGCACCCGCAUGUCUGCCGUUUGUGGUUCAAGUGUCUGCCCCCAGCCUUCGGACGGAAACCCACUGAUACGGACAGAAAGAGAAGGCCCAGUGGUCUUCUGUGGAAGAUGCAGAAGGAGGAAGUUAGUGCUUACAUUUUAGUCUUUUUCUCCCUCGAAAAAAUAGGUUAAGUUUCAGUGUCAGCUAGAAAAUACUGCUUUCUGCCACCGACUGGGGGUGGUUUUUGUCAAAUAUACUGUUGAUAAAUAUUUAUUUUUGUAAACUUGAAGUGUGUGGUGGCCAUGGGGGAGGGACAUGGCGGCAACAGGCACCUUCUUCAGCCGUGGGUCCUAAAGGCCUUUGAUCGUGUGAAGAAGAAAGACAUGGUGUUUGCUCAGCAGACGCCGACCUCUCAGAGGGCCCUGGGAUUCCGUCUCAGAUGGCCUGGUCUUACGUCUUCUGCAUUGGGAAUGAAGGUGUCAGGCGGGACUGGAACGUUCUAGAUAAUCUGUGAUAUUAAUAACUCUUACCCGGGACGGACCGCAGGCCACACUUGGAGGCCUCGCUGUGCUGGGGGCUUCGGAGUCCAGGCGCCCAGGUGUGGCCACCAGCCCCGGUUUCUGCCUUCGCAUUGCUGGGGUGCAGUGAGACUGCCACACCAUGCAUGUGUGGCUCUGUGGGUGUCUCCUGGAGAGGACGUGGCCCCUGCUGCCAGCUCCUGAGCAGCCCGUGUCGGGGCCGGAGGGAGCCGCACAGUGGGGGCCAGCCUCGCUGGACGGAGAAUAACCCUUCGCCAAUGACG